AUGUCAGCAUCUCUGAACAAUGAAGCCUUACAGGAAACCAGAGACCUGCCAAAGCUUGACAACUCAUACAACAGUUCAAACAUCGCUAUCAGUUCUGAUGGCAUUGAUGACGUUGUGACUUUAAAUAUUGACAGCGAGACCAUUAUCUUCGUGAAUCACGUCUUGCUGUGCUCGGCGAUAGGGCUCUUUGGGAUAGUGACCAACGCCAUCAACAUCUGUGUGUUUAUCAAGCAGGGACUAAACACCUCCAUCAACAUCAGCCUCUUCUCUAUCGCCCUGUUUGACCUUGUGAAGAUCUUCGCCAUGCAGUCGAUAAACAUCGUGUCCAACCCUCUGGUUAUAGAACUGGUUGGCUCGAGGAUGAUCCUCGACGCCUUUUACCUCAUCGGGGGUUGGCCGGCUGCGUGCGCACACCGGAUAUCGCUGUUCAUCACUGUGUACAUGACGGUGGAGCGCUGCCUUUGUGUUUCUUUUCCGUUGAAGAUUCGAACUUGGAUCACUCCGCGAGUGGCUUUCAUAACUGUCUCUGCCAUUAUCUUGGUUAACGUGCUGACACUGAUACCGGAGUAUACUACUAUUUACAUCGACUGGGUGGUUGUACCUGGUAGAAAUACCUCAACUCUGGGUUUAGUUUUCACCAGCAAUAGACCAGCGAUGCAGGGGCUGACGUUCAUCAUCCAUGCCAUUUUCCUGUUCGUUGGUAUUAUCGUGGUCGUCUCCCUUACACUUGGCCUAGUUCUCCUGAUAAGACGGAAGUCCGAAUGGCGAAACCGGAACACUACCAACGACAAACAAAAAUAUUCUUUGAGCGUUAGGGACAAAAAAAUGUCCCAACUGGUCAUCAUUUUGGCCACUGUCCUUAUCGUGUAUUACUUACCAAUGGUCAUUCUGUCUUUGGUGACCGUGUUCAUGCCAGAUUUUUCUCCAGAGGGCAAGCUGGGUCUUCUUUUCCUGACGCUCUGGUCUUUUGGUCACGUGUUUGGUAUAACCAACCCAAGCGUCAACAUCUUCAUUUAUUAUAAGAUGAGUUCUUAUUUCAGAGAGAAGUUCAAAGAACUGUUUAGAUUAGUUCUUAGCAGUAAAAGCAUUACAGAAUAA